UCCUGUGGGAGAAGUCGGCAGGCAGGUCCUGUGCAGCCGCCCUAACCGGUAGAGGUUGUGGGCAGUCACUUCCACUCCCUGGGCCCCUUUCCUCGAUUGAUCCCUCUCCCCACCCAAGGGUGCGAUGUGGCGAAGCUGCUUUCGGCUCGGAGCCAGUGGCGGGAGCUUCCCACGCCGUCCCUGCCUUGUCUCUGCCGCCCCUGUCGGAUCGGGGGACCAGGCCGGGCCGGCCCCGGGACUCUCUCUCCUCCGCCGGUCUUAUGCACCCCCCGCAGAAAGAAAGAAGUUUUAUCAGAAUGUCAGCAUUACACAAGGUGAAAGUGGAUAUGAGAUAAACCUGGACCACAGGAAGCUAAAGACUCCCAAUGCCAAGCUUUUCACUGUUCCCAGCGAAGCACUGGCUGUUGCCGUGGCCACUGAGUGGGAUUCUCAGCAAGACACCAUCAAGUUCUAUACGAUGCAUUUGACCACACUGUGUAACACAUCUUUAGACAACCCAUCUCAGCGAAACAAAGAUCAGCUUAUCCAAGCUUCUAUGAAGUUUCUGGACACAGACACGAUCUGCUAUAGGGUGGAGGAACCUGAGACCUUAGUGGAACUUCAAAAGAAUGAGUGGGAUCCAAUUAUAGAAUGGGCAGAAAAAAGAUAUGACGUUAAGCUUGGAUCUUCUACAAAUAUCAUGGGACCUGAUAUCCCAGCCAAGACUAAAGAUAUUUUCAUCAGUCAUCUGGCAUCUUAUAACAUGUGGGCCUUACAAGGUAUAGAAUUUGUGGUCACCCAGUUGAAGUCCUUAAUUUUGUCCAUGGGGUUGAUUGACAGGCACCUGACAGUGGAAAAGGCAGUCCUAUUGUCUCGCCUGGAAGAAGAAUACCAGGUAUGCAGACUUGUAAAUCUUUCCACUUGGAUAGAAAUAAUCCUCUGUUCAGUUCUGAAACUACCAUAAGACCUCAGA